CAGAAGCCAGCUUUAACGUGGGAUUUAUCCUGAAUAAAAUACUUGCAGAAGGAAAAGAAACGUCAUUUGACUCAUUGAAGAUUUAAAACCAACAGAGUCAUGUGGGAGAAAAUGAAAUUUUAGUCUCAAGUGGCAGAAUCGAGUCAUAAGAAGUAAAGAGAUUUGGAUGGUUUCUCACUAAAUGGAAAUUAUAUAGAAGGCUUCUAAGACCACUGCAUCUCUCCAUCCCGCUCCUGCUGCACAGAGACUGCACUCUUGGCCUUGGACGUUGAUAAAAUGCUGGAUUCAGUCAAGUGUGUUCUGGUGGGAGACUCUGCCGUUGGGAAAACAUCUCUCCUGGUACGUUUCACUUCUGAGACUUUUCCAGAUGACUACAGACCCACUGUAUAUGAAAAUACUGGAGUAGAUGUCUUCAUGGAUGGCGUACAGAUCAGCCUAGGUCUUUGGGACACAUCAGGCAGUGAUGCCUUUAAAGGCAUUCGCCCCCUCUCCUACCAACAGGCAGAUGUGGUAUUAAUGUGCUACUCGGUGGCAAACCACAAUUCCUUUCUGAACCUGAGGAACAAAUGGAUCAGCGAGAUCCGCAGCCAUUUGCCCCGCAUCCCCGUUUUGGUGGUGGCCACUCAGACUGACCAGCGGGACGUGGGUCCCUACAGCUCCUCCUGCAUCAGCCCUAUGGACGGAAAGCGGCUCGCCCAGGAUGUGCGAGCCAAGGGCUACUUGGAGUGCUCUGCCCUCAGCAACAGGGGAGUGCAGCAGGUGUUUGAGUAUGCUGUGAGGACAGCGGUCAACCAAGCCAAAAGGCAGAACAGGCGGAAGCUCUUCUCCAUUAAUGAGUGCAAGAUCUUUUGAGGACUGUCAGCAGUGGUUUUGCUCACGUUUGUUCUUUCUGUUUCCUCACAAAGACGCUGCAGCAGAGGGAAUGGGAGGUGAAUCAAAGGAGGGCUCCUGGAAGGACCGCAGUGCAGGUGCCUAUUUAUGAAACAGGUGUGCUCUUUAUCUGAGCCUCUUCCCUCCAAAACACGUGUGCUAUCUUGAAAAAUGAAAGGUGCAUACCCUUAUUCACAGGCCUGUGUUUGGACUUCGCAAGCCUGAACUGCUGCAGGCCUAGCCUGCAGAUCUGCAGAUAACAGCAGUACUGUUAUCUGUUAUUUUGGUUUUGUUUCUGUCAAUGUUCCUCAGUUGUUGGU